UUUCCUUUCGAGAUUCUUGGAAGUGGUAGAGAGUGGGAGGCGAAACCCAGGCAGCCGAUCCCUCCACGAUGCUGGUGAAGAAGCAUGCAGGGAAAGGUGGGGGCCGGGAGCCAGGCUCAGAGGACCCGAGGCAGCGUUGUGCCUGGACCGUGCCGCCGUGCACUGCCCUGGCGGCCCUUCUGUCAGUGGUGGCCCUGAUGUCUUGUCUGUACCUUGGGGUGAAAACCAACGACCUCCAGGCGAGGAUCGCUGCUCUCGAAUCCGCAAAAGGGGACCCUUCCAUCCAUCUGCUUCCUGAUCGCCUGGAUCAGCUCAAAGCAAUGGUGCAAGAGAAAGUGGAGCAACUUCUGGCUCAGAAAUCCUAUGAACAUAUGGCUAAAAUAAGAAUCGCCAGAGAAGCACCUUCAGAGUGCAACUGCCCAGCAGGCCCUCCGGGGAAACGAGGUAAGAGAGGCCGAAGAGGAGAAUCUGGUCCUCCUGGUCAACCUGGUCCUCAGGGCCCUCCUGGUCCAAAAGGUGAUAAGGGAGAACAAGGUGAUCAGGGACCUCGGAUGGUGUUUCCUAAAAUCAAUCAUGGGUUUCUCUCUGCUGAUCAGCAGCUCAUUAAACGCCGCCUCAUUAAGGGUGACCAAGGGCAGGCUGGGCCUCCAGGACCCCCAGGCCCUCCUGGCCCCAGAGGGCCUCCCGGGGACACAGGGAAGGACGGCCCCCGGGGGAUGCCUGGAGUGCCCGGUGAACCAGGGAAACCGGGAGAGCAAGGCUUGGUGGGUCCUCUGGGGCCUUCAGGACAAAAGGGUUCUGUUGGAAUGCCUGGAAUUCCAGGGGUGAAUGGUCAAAAGGGUGAGCCCGGGUUGCCUGGAACAGUGGGACAAAAUGGAAUGCCAGGGCCAAAGGGAGAACCUGGAGAUCGAGGAGAAAAGGGAGAUGUUGGAGAGAGUGGCCCCAAAGGUGACACAGGCGAAAAGGGUGACCCUGGAUCAUCUGCAGCAGGAAUUAAGGGGGAGCCUGGAGAAUCUGGUCGUCCAGGGCAAAAGGGUGAACCAGGGCUUCCUGGGCUUCCUGGACUUCCGGGGAUAAAGGGAGAACCAGGUUUCAUUGGUCCUCAAGGAGAACCAGGCUUACCUGGGUUACCAGGAACAAAGGGCGAACGUGGGGAGGCGGGGCCUCCUGGAAGAGGGGAGCGAGGGGAGCCUGGAGCCCCUGGACCAAAGGGGAAACAAGGUGAAUCAGGAACUAGAGGCCCAAAGGGGUCAAAGGGUGAUCGUGGAGAGAAAGGGGACUCUGGAGCCCUGGGACCAAGGGGUCCACCUGGUCAAAAGGGAGAUCAAGGAGCCACUGAGAUCAUAGACUACAAUGGCAACCUCCACGAAGCCUUGCAGAGGAUUACCACCUUAACUGUCACGGGUCCCCCUGGACCACCUGGACCUCAAGGACUACAAGGGCCAAAGGGAGAGCCAGGAUCUCCAGGAAUCCCAGGAGUUGAUGGAGAGCAGGGACUUAAAGGCUCAAAGGGAGACAUGGGGGACCCAGGUAUGCCAGGUGAAAAAGGAGGAAUCGGACUUCCUGGAUUACCGGGUGCCAAUGGAAUCAAAGGAGAAAAAGGAGACUCCGGAUUGCCAGGUCCUCAGGGUCCUUCCAUCAUAGGCCCACCAGGCCCGCCAGGCCCCCACGGUCCACCAGGCCCCAUGGGACCCCAUGGACUUCCUGGACCAAAGGGUACAGAUGGCCCUAUGGGACCCCAUGGCCCUGCAGGUCCCAAAGGAGAAAGAGGUGAAAAAGGAGCUAUGGGGGAGCCCGGACCCAGAGGACCCUAUGGUCUGCCUGGGAAAGAUGGAGAGCCUGGUCUUGAUGGCUUCCCUGGUCCGCGAGGCGAGAAGGGUGAUGUAGGAGAAAAGGGAGAAAAGGGAUUCCGUGGCGUUAAGGGGGAAAAAGGGGAGCCAGGCCAGCCUGGCCUGGAUGGGCUGGAUGCCCCUUGCCAAUUGGGGCCAGAUGGAUUACCCAUGCCUGGCUGUUGGCAAAAGUGAUGAAUCUAACCUUCCGAGCAUGAAGUUGUAUAUAUAAUGGUCCACUUUUUAUAUUUAUAGUUGAGAAUCGGAUUGCAGAUUUUACAAGUCUGAGAUAUGUUUACAUAUAUAGCUGCUUCUUCCCGUUUGCAGUAGUACACAUGUCCAUCUUUUCUCCACUUCCAUCUGAAAUUGGGCAAUAUGUGAAACCAGUGAGA